UAGAACCUGCAAGGCCUUGUUUGACAGCGCUAAGUUCCAACACAGAGGAGAACAUGACGUUGCUAUGGCAGAUAGACCGGGGCUGCGACAGUUGGGAUCCCUGGACCUCGGUGGAUCAGGGCUUAUCGUUGACUCGUAUUUGCCCGUAACGGACGGCCUCCGGAAUGCCACCCACCGGCUCGCCGGCUCUGGGGCAUCUCAUCUAUCUCCAGCCUUAACCGCAAGGGGUGGGAGUCCAUUGCAAGAGAGGGACUUGUUAAAACCAGCUUGGUAGCCGAUGUCGCGUGCGUUCAAUUCGUUGACCGACAUUUGCUCCUCUUCGCUAUUCUGUCACCAACAACGAAACGGGCCGCUGCAAGCCUCUCGAUCAAGCUCACGAUGGUCUCGUCCCUCUCAGCGGCUCUCGCCCUCCUCUCCGCUGCGCUGCCAUUGACCUCGGGUACCGCGGUCGUCACCCCGCGCCAGGCCACAGGCGACGCAAACUGCCAGAGCGUGCACAUCUUCCUCGCGCGCGGGAACAACGAGCCCUACCCCGGACGCCAGGGCAAGCUCGUCACCGCCAUCUGCGACGGGCUCGACAGCUGCGACUACGAGGACAUUCAGUUCUACAACCCACUCGAGGCGCCUUACUGCCAGUCCAUCGAAGAAGGCGCCGCCAAUGGCACCGCGCAGAUCACGGCGUACAACAAGCGCUGUCCGGACGCGAAGCUCGUUGUGAGCGGGUAUUCCCAGGGCGGCCAUGUUGUUGGUGACGUUUUGGGUGGUGGAGGUGGUACGUUCUUCCAGGGUUGUCAGCAGAAAGCGAAUGCUGGGUUGGAUGCCACAAAGGCGCCCGGCAACAAACUGGCUGCUGUGCUCAUCUUUGGCGAUACAAGACAUACGGCCAGUCAGCCGUACAACUAUCUCUCGGGAGCUCCGGACAACGGGCUCUUUCCACGACCGGAGAACCAGCUCGCCGGCAUGCGGGCCUUUUCCAGCGUGAUGCGCUCGUACUGUGUUGAAUCCGAUCCGAUCUGCGCCGGCGGAGACACCGCGGCCAACCACCUCAAUUACUUUGAUGUGUACUCCAGCGACGCGGGUAAAUGGGUGCAGGAGAUGGUUGGCAAGGCAGACACUACGACGUCCUCAUCGUCCUCGAAGACCAGUGCGACGUCGACCUCGUCAGCACCAGCGAGCUCGAGCUCAUCGGCGAGCGCAACGCCUACUGCAGCAUCGUCGGUUGUAGGAGGAUCAACCACGGCAGCCCCGACAUCUGCUGAUGCUGCAUCUGCGUCCUCUCCUACUCCGACAUCCCAGAACGCGGCUGGGGCUCUUACAUGGAAUGUGGCAUCGCUAGGCGUCACUGUCCUUGCCUCGUUGGUGGUUGCUGGCCCUGUUUAAUCACCGCGACGAUUGGUGCAUUGUCUUUUCAAGCGAGUCAUUUUCAGGAAGAGGAAACGUUUACGCGAGUACAUGAAUACAUGAUCCAGGCAUACGCAAAUUAGAUUCAACAUACCUCCAGUACAUAAUACCUCAAGCAGUUGGGCCGAGACAUAAUGUAAAUAUAUAGAAGGCG